ACUCUUUAACGUCUCUCUGCGUGGCUGGAGCAGAGCCGGAAAGUUCAGUGGGACUUUGGAGCUGAGCAGCCCUUUCUGGUGCGAGGAGGAGGCGAGAGCGCGCGCCUCCGGUGGGCAUCUCCGGGUCCCCGGCCCCCCUCCUGACGCAAGAUGAGGAAGAAAGAGCCGGUGAGAGGGGACACCCCUCUGAGAAGAUCUACCCGCCUCCAGCAAGAGAGAACUGGGGAGCAGUUGCAGAUUUUAAAGGAAUCCCAAGGCUCAAAGGAAAGGAGCAUUGCUGACAUUCUUCAGCCCCGGGAGAGCAUCAGAGCUCACAGACAAGUUGUCCAUACUAAAGAAUCAUUACCUCCUCCUCCUCCACCCAGUGAUCCUCUGCCAGUAUCAGCACCAGAAACUCCAAAAGAUAGCAGGCAAGCCGUGUCAGAAAGAGACAAUCUGGUGCCCCCUUUUGUCAGGCUGAGGAGACUGGACAUCCCACAGGAAGAGGAUUCUUCCCCAUACCAAAACAGGCCCAAAGAGCCACAGGACCCAAAUGUCGAGUGGGAAGUGGUGAAGGACCAGCGAGCCCGGCUGAGGGUCCUGGAGACCAGACCCCAGAGUGCAGAGCUGAGGGCAAUGGUGGAACAGGAGGCACCCAGCCUACAAGGCAUGGUGGUAAACAGGACUUUGCGGCAGCAGGCCAGGGCCGGGAUCACCCCUCGGUCAUGGGACCCGGCAUCAAAAGUCCGAGGCAGGACGGAGGCCGACCCUCGCAAGCUGCAGAGUACGGCUCUGCCAUCCAAAGCAGCUGGCAAAAAGUGGACCAAGCGACUCUUUUCCCUGCCCACUCUCUUCUUCCUUCUCUUCCUACUCAUCCUGGGCUUCACUGGCUGGUUCAUAUGGAAACACGGAAGCCCCGUCUCCUUCUCGGGACUGGCUACAUACGGGCAGUGGGCACUGAGCAGUUUUCCGAGGCUGUGGAGCAGGACAGAAGAAUGCAGCACUCAAUGCAGCCUGGUGUUGGUAGAGAGCAUCCCAGACAGCCUGGUAUACCAACCGGAGGAUGUUCGCCAUCUCAGCAUCUACCAGGCCUGGAUGGACUUACUGGCUGAAGCCAACAGUAGCGUGGAUAUUGCUGCUUUUUACUUCACUCUCCGAGACUCAGAUAUUAAGAUGGAGCAUCCUUCUUCCCAGCAGGGUAGAGAUGUAUUUAACUCACUGCUGGGUCUGCCUUCUCGGGGAAUAAAGCUCAGCAUUGCUGUCAACAGCCCUCAGAUGUCAGAGGACGACACAGAUGAAUUGGCCCGUCAAGGUGCAGACAUAGAGUACGUGAACAUGAAGAAUUUGACUGGGGGGAUCGUUCACACCAAGUUCUGGGUGGUAGAUCAGAAGCACGUCUACAUAGGCAGCGCCAACAUGGACUGGCGCUCCCUCACUCAGGUCAAGGAGCUGGGUGCCGUGCUGUACAACUGCAGCUGCCUGGCUCGAGACCUGGGCCGGAUCUUUGCGAUGUACCGCAUGCUAGGAGGCGAAGGGGCUUCCAUCCCUGCGGCAUGGCCAGCCAGCGUUGCAGCUGAGUCCAGCCUGAACCACCCGCUGCAGCUGCAACUCAACGGCUCCAGCGCAGAACUGUACAUUUCCAGCUCCCCAUCGGCCCUGUGUUCAGCAGGCCGCACCUCCGAUCUCACAGCCAUUGUUCGCACGAUUGAGGACGCCCAGGACUUUGUCUACAUUUCUGUGAUGGACUAUGAGCCACAGUGUUUCUUCUGCAAACCUAAGAGAUUCUGGCCUGUUAUCGAUGAUGCCUUGCGCGCUGCAGCCUGCGACAGAAAAGUGAAUGUGCGCCUCCUCAUCAGUUGCUGGCCGCACUCGCAUCGUGACAUGUUUGUCUUCUUGGAGUCGCUCAGCAUCCUCAGCCAGGAGCCGCUGGGUUGCCCUAUUGAGGUGAAUCUUUUUGUUGUUCCGGGAGAGGGAGAACAACCGCCGAUCCCAUACGCUCACGUCAAUCACAACAAGUAUAUGGUGACCGACCGCCUGGCCUACAUUGGUACCUCCAACUGGUCUGAAGAUUAUUUUACCAAAACUGCAGGGGUGGGGCUGAUCGUCAAUCAAAGUGACCCCAAUAGUAUUAUGGCAGGCCAGGAAUUUACCCUGCGCCACCAGCUGGAGCAAGUAUUCAUCCGAGACUGGAAUUCUGAUAAUGUUUUGCCACUCAGCAAUCACAGGAGUUGCACUAAGAGAUAUUAAGACAGUGAGUGGCCCUGCCCGGAAGCACUCUUUCGAACACCUUGCAGCAGAGAAGCCUUCGUGCCCUGGUUGUGGGCUUCCCAAAAGCAUCCGAUUGGCUGUGCUUGGAAGCAAGACGCUGGACGCCUUUUGGUCUGAACCAGCAGGACUCUCGUGGUGUUCUUAAGUGGCUGCCAAUCUUCAAACCCUUCUCAUUGAAUGGACCAGGCAUCCCACAAGGAGCCCCAAAAGAACAGCCAUAGCUAAAACAGCCACUGUAUAUGGAGUGCUUUGGAAGGGGGGGGAGAGUUUGUUGCUCUCAGCAACAGUGUGAACUCAGGGCAGCGGCGGGGUGUUGAUGUGUCUGCUGUAAAGCAGCUAGCAAAAAAAGGGAACCUGUUUACAGGGGAAAACAAUUUUUAAACUACAGUAUUGCUUUUUUAAAAAAUUGCCAACCAAAAUUUGCCAAAUCUGGAUUGUGGAUUUUGAAGCAUUGCCAAACCAAGAAGGCAGCUUGAAUCUGGCUCUGUCCUGAAGAGCUGGAGAGUUUGUUAAUAAGGUGUGGGGUAGCUGGGGAGGGGAGCAGCUGGAAGUCAGCAGGUGUCUUGGGGGGUGGGAAUAGUGCAGAGGGAAACAUGAUAGGUCUUAAUUUGCAGCAUAUUCUGGACAAUCUCUGGAGAUGGAAGAGAUGUAUGAAAAAAUUUUUGAACACGCAAGUAGCAAUGUUGGUCUCUUAGAAACAUUCUAUAUAGGAGCAGAAAAGCAAUGACUUUUUAUGAUCAAACAUGGCAAAGCACUCUGCAAGCUUGGGAGUUGAUCAGAACUUUUCCUCAACCAUGGAUGCUACGACAUAACAAAAAGAAUAAAAAUUGGGGGUAGGGGGAAGAGAAAGAGCACUACUGGAUGUGAGAGAGAGAUCCCCAGCCUGCAGUUUGUAACAGUCUUCAUAUGGAAUGUUUGUAGAAUUCAACCCAGGUGCUUGAUGGGAAAAGGCCUACAGGAUGCUGGGAGCAUACCCUGUGCUUUUUGAUCCCAGCACACCUUGCUGCACCUGUAAACUUUUUUGUAUCAGGCUCCUGUUUAUACAAACGUCCUCCUCCAUUCCAGUUGUUACAACUGCUGAUGGGGUUUUCUCCAUAUUUAGCAAUGUCCCCCUCACCCACCUAAAUGAGAGCUUUGGUGACUUCAAAAAAAUUUGCUUGCCCCAGUUGUAUUUUGGCUGGUGGGUUUGUUAUUCCGGUGUGGGAAAAUAAAUUCAAAACCGUAUAACUCUAGAUAUGCUAUUCUCACAAAGCUAUCCUGGUCUCCUGUAUCUGCUUCUUACUGCCACCUGAUUAUAUUGGAAGGUUGGCGGGGGGGGGGGGGAUCAAAAUAUACAACACUUCCGAACUAACCAAGCCAACCAGCAGCUCCUGAGCAUCCCAUAAUUUUGAAGUUGGAUCCAGCUAGGAUUAUGGAUGAUUAACUUUGCGUUUGCCUUCUUGAAGAGACACUUUUACUUAGGGCUUUGGGAGAACUUGGUUGAGGGAGGGGGAGUGUCUCUUUUUAAAAGAUGUGUUUAGCAGUGCAACAAAGUACAGGUCUACUUUGUAAGGACGAUCAUGUUUUUCUUUGGCUCUUACAAGGUACCUGUGUAUUUUGCUAGUAUUGGGGAGACAUUUGAUUAACAAAUGGCUUAAAGAUUCUCAAAAGGGAAGAUGCCCUUCCCCUCCUCCUUUUUCAAAGAAGCCUUUGGUACAAGCUAAAACACUUUUGCAUCCAAUAACCCCUAAUCCAGGUAUGUCUGCAACACGUGCUUUAUUGUAUUUGAAAACUCUACAAUUGGCAGACUUGGGGAAUUUCCACAAUACCCUGAAAAACAUAUUUUCCCUCACCCACCCCCUUUUUUGUACUGAUUACCCAGCCUAACCAAGAAUUCUGGAGAACUCAAAAGCUUGCUCACUGUUUUGUGAGAUUUGGACUAGUCCAAAUAAAAUAUAUUACCCAACUUUUGUUCUUGGGAUUUUUCUGUGGACCAACUCAGCUACCUUUGUGUACAGGUAUGCACUAUGGGGAGGGGGGUCAUUUUAUAGUUUCGUUCCUGUGAUGUGUUAUAUAUAAAGAAAUAAGGUCUUGUUAGAGAUCACCGUGCAGUAAGUGUACUUGGUACCGUGGUCUUUUCAGUGCACCUCCCUUUUCUACUCAGGGAAUUGCUUUUUGAGUUGAGCAAUUGUGUGUCUUUAUAUGCGCUUUAAGCAAGAGGCUAGAGAGUGCACCUCCACUGGGUGUAUGAAAAGGCUUGAGCAGCUCUGGGAUGUGGGAAGGAAGGGGGAUUUGCUUUCCAUUGCAGAAUUUAUAUUUUUAUACGACGACCAUUUUUAAUAAAGUGUUGAACA